AUGACAACAAAAGUGGCGGCAAAUUCUGCUGCUUACGAAGCCAUAGUUCGAGCAGGUCCUCGUGUAAAGCAACUUCAACAAGUUCAUGCUCACCUCAUUGUCACGGGUUAUGGUCGUAGCCGGAGUCUCUUGACAAAGCUCAUUACUUUAGCUUGUUCCGCUCGAGCCAUCGCCUAUACUCAUCUUCUCUUCCUCUCCGUUCCCCUUCCCGAUGACUUCCUCUUCAAUUCAGUUAUCAAAUCGACUUCUAAGUUGCGUUUACCUUUGCAUUGCGUUGCUUAUUACCGUCGUAUGUUAUCUUCAAACGUCUCUCCGAGUAACUACACUUUCACCUCUGUUAUCAAGUCUUGCGCCGAUCUCUCUGCCUUGAGAAUCGGAAAAGGUGUUCAUUGUCAUGCAGUGGUUUCUGGGUUUGGAUUGGAUACUUACGUUCAGGCUGCUUUGGUGACGUUUUAUUCAAAGUGUGGCGAUAUGGAAGGUGCACGCCAAGUGUUCGAUAGAAUGCCUGAGAAGUCUAUUGUGGCGUGGAAUUCGUUGGUUUCUGGAUUUGAGCAAAAUGGGUUGGCGGAUGAAGCAAUUCAGGUGUUUUAUCAGAUGCGAGAAUCAGGGUUUGAGCCGGAUUCAGCGACGUUUGUGAGCCUUCUCUCGGCUUGUGCCCAAACUGGUGCGGUAAGUUUAGGAUCUUGGGUGCAUCAGUACAUUAUCAGUGAGGGUCUUGACCUGAAUGUUAAACUUGGUACUGCGUUGAUUAACUUGUAUUCUAGGUGCGGUGACGUUGGAAAAGCCCGGGAAGUCUUUGACAAGAUGAAGGAAACUAAUGUGGCUGCUUGGACGGCAAUGAUCUCUGCUUAUGGUACUCAUGGAUAUGGCCAACAAGCUGUAGAGCUGUUUAAUAAAAUGGAGGAUGAUUGCGGUCCAAUCCCAAAUAACGUAACAUUUGUAGCUGUUUUAUCGGCUUGCGCUCAUGCUGGACUCGUUGAGGAAGGACGUUCAGUCUACAAGAGAAUGACCAAGAGCUAUAGAUUGAUCCCAGGAGUGGAACAUCAUGUUUGUAUGGUAGAUAUGCUUGGGCGGGCUGGAUUUCUUGACGAAGCUUAUAAAUUCAUACAUCAGCUUGAUGCUACAGGGAAAGCAACUGCUCCAGCAUUGUGGACAGCGAUGCUUGGAGCAUGCAAGAUGCACAGGAACUAUGAUCUCGGUGUAGAAAUUGCCAAGCGUCUCAUAGCCCUUGAGCCAGAUAAUCCCGGUCAUCAUGUCAUGCUCUCAAAUAUCUAUGCCUUGAGUGGCAAAACAGAUGAAGUAUCACACAUAAGAGAUGGAAUGAUGAGGAAUAACCUUAGAAAACAGGUUGGCUAUAGCGUAAUUGAAGUGGAAAAUAAGACAUAUAUGUUCAGUAUGGGUGAUGAGUCUCAUCAAGAGACUGGAGAAAUUUAUCGGUAUCUGGAAACUUUGAUAAGCCGGUGUAAGGAAAUAGGGUAUGCACCGGUUUCUGAAGAAGUUAUGCACCAAGUUGAGGAAGAGGAAAAGGAGUUCGCACUUAGAUACCACAGCGAGAAGCUUGCUGUAGCAUUCGGUUUGUUGAAAACUGUAGAUGUAGCCAUUACAAUUGUGAAGAAUCUACGGAUCUGUGAGGAUUGUCAUUCUGCUUUCAAGUAUAUUUCUAUUGUGUCCAAUAGACAGAUCACUGUUAGGGAUAAGCUCCGGUUUCACCAUUUUCAAAAUGGUUCUUGUUCAUGUCUGGACUAUUGGUAA